GACAAUCCGCCAACCGGGCCCGACGUCACCUUCGACUUCAAUCUACCGCACGGUAUCGACAUCGAGAAUGAUACCGUCGAGAUUGAGCAGCUCCAGGAUAGCUCUGGAAUAGCAGAUCACAGCUCUCAAGUGAUGUAUGGGCCCCGUGACGAAUACGAAGACGAAGACGAAGACGAAGACGUUCACAUGGAAGUCGACUUCGAUGACCACGGUAAACACGAUUUGAACUAUCGCUAUUUCUCACCCGGCUUCUCCAACGAUGAAGGUAGCGACGAGGCAUUUGAACACUAUUGGCUCAGCCACCAAGCCAAGAAACAAGCUAGAAAGGGCACGAAAGGCAAAAAGUCUCCAAGACGCUCGGAAAACGGAGGCGACGACUUUGGAUCUGCCAUUCGAGUGAAGAGGCCACGUCAGUCUUUAUUCGGAGGAGCCGAAGAAGAACUCGAUGAUGAAGAGCAGGCGGACGACUUGCUUAAGGUUGCGGCUGCGGCUGCGGACCACGGUAUCGGCAACCGGAUGUCCAGCCUGAACCUUGACCAGCAGCAGCAGGGAGACGAGAACAUGCCAAGCGCAACAAAUACAGGAUUCGGCCUGGCAUGCUCAGACGUCGGAAGUGUGCGCAACUCACCCAUACCUUCCGAUGACGAGCCUUUCAUUCCUCCAGAUACUACACCUUACUAUCAGUUACGCCAGGGCAUAGAUCGUAAGAAAGCCGUCACUCACGUUGAUAAUGACAAAUCUGGCAAUUGGGACCCCGAACAGGGGAACAGCGAGAGGGCUGCCAGGCCAGGUCGCACAAAAGCAGCCAAGAAGAGGAGGGAGAAAGAGAAGAGAGGAAAGAAGGGCAGGAUAGAUGCACCCAGCAGCUACACCAUGAAGUGCAUUGUCAGGCUUCCAAUCGAUGCUAUCGGAGAAGUCCGCAAUAGCACGAACGACGAGCAGAACUGGCCAGACAACUGGUCCGAGAUCGACUCAGAGCAGGAGCGCGAGCUCAAGGAAUACCGAGAGGCCUACCGUUCUAACACGCCUAACCCCCCGGUGCAGCUGUCUCUGGAGGACCCUGCUGGCAUACUUGAUGAUAUCACCGGACACCCUGCUGCACGAGGCUGCAAACAAUGUCGCAAACUUGAUCGAGCUUGUUCAAUGAUUGAGGGUGGCAUGUAUCCGCGUGAACAGUGCAUCAAAGAUGGCAGCGAGUGCCAGCCCAUCCAGGAGCCAACAAUAAAGGGUAGGUGCAAGCAGUGCGACCAUGCCGACGAGGAGGUUUGCUCGUUUGAAGACGACCCCACUCAGCCAAUUUGCAAUUAUUGUGCUGACAACGAUCACGUUUGCGAAGCUUUACCUCCUCAUGGCUAUAAGGCUCCACGCAUGAGUGUCAGCGAGGUUGUCUGGGGACCAGAUCGCCCUUUCGUUGCAUGUACCACUUGUCGCAGCAUGAAGAAGCGGUGCAGUCUCAAAACUAAGAAAGACACUCCCCCUUGCAAGUGGUGCCGCAAUACCGGCAAUCCGUGCAGGUUUGUCGACCCACCCGAUCCUAGGAGCGAGAAGCAAAAGAAGCGAAUGCCGUCGGAUUCGAUAGCGCCAAAGGGCAAAACUCCACAGUCUAUGUUCUUCACUGAAGAAGACAUUGCAAAUAUGGGACGACGAAAUACUGUGAUCUUGGAGCGGGAGCCAACACCAGAAUUGGAAAUGGAAGAUGCUGAGGGUAACAAAGGCAUGCUCGUCAAGAUCGCCACCUCCUUUGCACAUCCCAUCAGAUUCGGCGUUGAGAAGAUUACUUGCAGCUUCUGCGAAGAUCCCACAUUUGCCGUGUUUGGUCACUUCGAGAGGCAAGUUCACGUGAUUCGCUGGCAUUCUGGUAUGGGAUAUGCAGAGGUCGGUGGCGGGCAUUGUCAGAACACAGGCGAAACGGCCAUGUGCAAUGACUGUAUGAACAAGAGACUUCAGAUAAUGGUGUGUCCCGGACAUCAGCUGGAGCGGAUCACUGGUGCUACCUCUUCUGACCAGGAAGCUCUUGCCGACGAACUUUGCGCGGCAGAGUCGGGAGGACCAGAUGGGCAGUACCAGCUCUCAAGGUGGUGCUCAUUGUGCUUCUCACCUGCCAUAUUUGGUUGCAGCACCGUACAGCCAGAUUUGUGCGGAGAGGAAGAGAUGGAAAUUGCAGGCUGCCAUUUGAGGCUCUGCCUCGUUUGUGAGGUGGCUUUGCGAACCCAGCAUGGAGGCAACCUUGAUGCGAUGGCCACUGAGCUCGACCAUCAGCCGAAGAUCUCCGAACUUGACGAGACUACUGGUAUGGGACUUCAGGGCAGACCAAGAGCAGAUGUUGGGCUCUUGAUGCAAGAUGGAUUGCUUAUGCGCGCGGCUCAGGUUGAA